ACGUCAUCGACGCGCGCCAGCCCUGCGGGAACUUCACGGGGGCGGUAGGCUCAGGUGGCGCGUGACCCUGGGACCGCUCUGCCGCGCGCGUAGGUACCGGGCGGGAGUCGCGAGAGCCCGAUCGCCGACCCUGGGGCUGCCUGGCGACUCCGGGCCAAGGGACUGAUCUUUGAACGGGAAGCUUCAAACUUUAAAAAAGAAGCCUUCAGAAUGGCUUUGAAGAAGACAAGCUAGACACUGCUUCAGGGCACCGCCUUCAGCAUGCAUCUCGCCUGUCCAGGGGCGUCCCUGGUGAGGAGCUCUUUGAAGGGUUCGUUCCACAGAGGGCCAGAGAGCUGAUGCUCAUGGAACCAGAUUGGUGGAUUUGACUUUGUGGAACAAUCAUCUUGCUUUAUUUUAUUCUUUCUGAGAGGCUGGAGGUACUGAUGGGACCUAAGGGCCUCCAGGGAAGGGAAGCAGCACUUUCAUGCUGAAUGAAAACUAGACAAGUGACUGCUGAUGACUGAAGACACCUAAACGCCCCACAUCCGGAUUCAGCAGACUGGGGACCUGGAGGAAUUGCCACUGCUGGGGAGAAUAAAGCCAGACUGGAAAAGAAAACCCAAAUGAAAAGAAUGAGGGCCCGUGGAGAGUAAAUGGCGGCCUCCACCUCCACAGAGAGCAAGUUGGCCUCCUGGUGGAACUAUUUUUUCCUCUAUGAUGGUUCCCAGGUGAAGGGAGAAGGAGAUCCAACCCGAGCUGGCAUCUGUUACUUUUAUCCCCCACAGACCCUGCUGGACCAACAGGAGCUGCUGUGUGGACAGAUCGCCGGGGUUGUGCACUGCAUUUCCCACGUUUCCGGCUCUCCUCCCGCCCUUGUCCGCCUGCGGAAACUGAAGUUCGCCGUAAAGGUUGACGGUGAUUACCUCUGGGUGCUGGGCUGCGCCGCGGAGCUCCCUGACAUCAGCUGCAAGCAGCUUCUGCACCGGCUUGUCGGCUUCUUUCAUUUUUACAACGGGCCCGUGUCUCUGGCCUGCAAGAGCUGCCCGCGAGAAGAACUGCGCUCCGAGUGGGACACGCUCAUCGAGCACAUCCUGGGGAACACGGGCGACCUGCACAAGAUCUUCAACUGCCUCUGGCACCUGGACCAAACCAAAGUGGAGGCCCUGCUCCUGCUCAAGGCGGCACUCAUCCUGCAGACCUGCCAGCGUGUGCCCCACGUGCUCGCCGGCUGCAUCCUCUACGCAGGACUGAUCGUCAGCACCCAGCUCCCGCCCUCCAUCACGGCCAAGGUCCUGCUUCAUCGCCUGGCACGUUGGGACCAGAGGAAACCUACGGGAGGGGAUGCCCUGCAGGAACAUGGAGUGGUGCUCCCUCCCAAUGUUCAGAUCACGCCUGUUUUCCUGACUGAAGAGGAAGCCGCCAGUCUCUGCGAGUUCCCCCGGGAGCCCUCGGCCAGUGCUGCGGCGCCUCCAGCCAGGCUCCAGGAGCCCUCAGCUGCCCCGAAAGAAAAUGGCCCCAGACACGCGGGCUCCAAGGCUCAGACCUCGACGACCACACCUAAACCCCCGUCUCCUGAUGCCGCCUUGGCAGAUGGCAGCAGGGAGCACGGACACUGGUCCGGCCCUGACCUGAAGAGCACACCGCCCGCAAUGCAGCACUGCACUGCUGCGGGCAAGGGUUCAGCCUUGUUCGCGGGGAACGGGGACCUGGACUUGUCUGAAAUCCACAUCCCAGAGGCUCAGAAAACAGAAGCACCCUCAGGCCAUCCUGCUGCAGACGGCGGGGGUCCUGGUUGCGAGGAAUCUGUCCACAACCCUGGCAGUCCCGAAGCCAAGCCACCCGGGGCCCUGUCCCUGGGCCACCUCCCCGCCUCCGCUCCUGAGGUGGUCCCCCAGAACGGAGCCCUCGAGCAGCCCAAAGACCUUCCUGGUGACGGCAGCCAAGCCCCCGUCCCCAGGGAAGACCAUGUCCCCGGCAGGACGAGCGGGCUUGGGCGGGCACCUGGCUUGGAUUUGAGGCAGAGGGGCACUGAGCUGCCCCUGGAGGAACACGGUGGGGAGCAGCGCCACAGUGGGGCUCCUGAGGGCUGCUUGACCCCUGGCCUGGACUCCACAGACCCCUCAGAUGAAGGCCCCUAUGCAAACAGAGCCGCGUCCAGGGUGCUCCCGGCCUCCCGUGAGGGGCUCGUGCGGAUGAGCCUCUACACGCACAGCGUCAAGGGCCUGGUGCUGUUGCUGCUGGCCGAGGAGCCGCUGCUGGGGGACCGCGUGGCCGUGGAGGAGCUGUACCACGGCAGCCUGGCGUCCCUCAACGGGCUGGAGGUGCACCUGAGCGAGACGCUGCCCCGGGACCAGGCGGCCCCCGCGACCAGAACCUACAGCUUCGCACACUACGACCGCGUCCAGAACUUGCUGGCAGCCAACCUGCCACAGGUGACCACAGCGCAGGACCGCCGCUUCCUCCAGGCUGUCAGCCUAAUGCAUUCCGACUUCGCCCGGGUGCCCACUCUGUACGAGGUGACCGUCAGGAACGCCUCCACGGCUGUGUACGCCUGCUGCAACCCCGUUCAGGAAACCUACUUCCAGCAGCUGGCCACGGCGGCGCGGAGCUCUGGCUUCCCGAACCCGCAGGACGGCGCCUUCGGCCUCCAGGGCAAAGCCAAGCAGAAGCUGCUGAAGCACGGGGUGAACCUGCUCUGAACUGUGGGUCGCUCCUGACCCCCGCGGGUGACUCUCAAAUCAAACCCCAGCAAAGGAAGUGCUGCCUUGUUAAGUGGAAGAGCUCCUCUGUUUUACUUUCCCUGGAAUAGUCCUCUUUUUUAGGACUGCAGUAUUUGAGUAUCUGUUACUCCUUCUGUGGAUCAGGGCUGGAGGGGGUCGUUCCUCGGGUUGGCAGACCUAGAGCUUGUGGUAAAGAACUUGACAGCGUGGGUGGCGUGGGGGCCAGGGUGGGGCCAUGGCUCCUUCCACCCCGGGGGCCCGGGGUCAGUCACUCCCCCAUUACACAGAGCCUAGGGUGCCUGACGUUUCCUGGAGCUGCUCCACCCCGGCCUGACUCGUACACAGAGACUGAGGCUAGUGUUUCUUCUAGAACCCUGCUAUCCCUGGUCUAGAGUGCAUGUCCCACGCCGUCUGCAGGGGGUGGGUCCGAGGUGACUGCACAGCCAGGAGAUGGAUCUGUUUGCAAGCAGACCGUGCGCCCACUUCUCAGGCUGUCUUCACCACGGUCCUCCUGGGGGGUCGGUGCACAGGAAGUGGUCGGGGAUGCUGAGACUGCCUUGUCUGGAUCUUCUGGAUCACCCACAGAGGGGAGGGGACGAUCUCGAUGACAUGAAAGGAGCCUGGGGCGCCGGGACACGGAAGUGGGUGAUGACUGGCCAGGCCGGCCCCUUGGCUGGAAGUGGGUGGUGCUGCUGGUUGCUUUGAAUGAGGGUCCCAAACAGGAGUUUCUAAAAGGUCUUGGAGCAGAAGCAGAGCUGCUUUUCAGAGAGGGGGAUGCUGCGUGAGAGGGGACAGCAUUCUGCACUGGCUGUUGCCAGGCCGGGGUAGGACUUAGGACAUUGGUUCGGUGAUGUUACGGUCCAACGUUCUGUGAUGAUAUGAUGUGAGUCACAGAAUGAAAAUAUUUACCAAAAUCCUAACCAGGUCUUUACCAGAAGCACCUAAGACUCCAUGUGAGAACUGCAGCGUAACUUCAUGCCAGUGAGCCAGUACCUCCCGUUUAUGACCUGGGGUCUUUUUCUUGAAACAAGUUGCUAAGAGCUGAAAAUAAAGUAGCCAAAAAUGCUA